ACAACGAACAAUAUCUUCGCUUUUGCCUCCCUCCGAAGCAGUGUUUCAUACAGUGUUUCAUACAGUUUAAAUAGUUCUAAGGAUUGUGCCGCUGAGACUGAUCAGCCAGUUGGAUUGGCUUCAACUUUAUAUAGUAAUUCGAUGCGCACCCAGAUGAUUUUGCUCGAUUACAAGCAAUUCAAGGCUGCACGUUUUAUCCAGAAAAAUUUUCGGGGCUGGCAGGUGCGAAACUUAAUGAAUAAAAAGCAGAGGGCGGCCAUUGUGAUCCAGCGUAAAUUGCGAAGAUUCAUUGCCAGACGUCAUCUGGAGAUCGUAGCCCAGGAAAAGGCACAAGAGUCUAUUCUGGUCUUGUUCGAUUCAAGCUCUGUGAAGAUACAGGCAUUAUUUCGUGGCUAUUGGUCGCGAAAGCAUCUACAUAAUUUCAUUUUUCUGGAGAGCAUUCAGUUGAACGCCAUAGAGGAUGUGUUAUACUGCAUGGCACGCAAAUUGCACCACAUGAAGCGAACUGCGAAAUUGCCCGGACUCUUAUCAUUUAGCGAACGGAAAUGCCUUUCUAAAGUGGAGGAGUUGCUAUCAACUAUGUCAUAUCGAAUGUACAAUUCUAAAGUAGCAAAAAAGAGCAUGGUAAUCAAGGCUAACAUACAAAAUAAUAAAGUGGAGUAUAAGAAAUCCGAAAUGUGUACUUGGAUUCCAUAUAAAGGCUUCUACUGUGAUCCAUCGCCCAACUGGGACAUACCUAUCAAAGUUUAUGAGCACAAUGAGCAGGAAUUCGCAGACAGUUUUGUAAAAGCUGAUCGUAUAUUUAAGCACCAGAAAACACUGUCAGAAGCCCCUCGAUUGGAUAAGGGGCCACCAAAAGUAAUAUCGGUUAAACAAAAAGAAUUUUGCGAAAGAAUGAUGUGGAAGAUAAAGAAGUGGAGUGUCUUUAAAGAAGAAAAUUUGGACACAUCUGAAAGCCUAAUGGAUGCUAGUAUGUCGGAGUUUUUAGAUAUUAUUAAAGGAUAUUUGGAAACUUGCAACUACUUGGAGAACUGUUACUGUAAAAGUGAUCCGAAACGUUCCUGUCCCUUGACAUAAACUAUGUUGAUUCAAUUUAAUAUAUUUUCUAAAUAAAGCAAAGUAGGAAACACUAGAA